AUCCACUCGACUUUGCACUUCUCCCCGUUGACUGGUUGGAUAAUCUUGUUUCCUGCAAAGAUGUCUUUGAAUCAGAUGCAAUGCAAGCAGGAAGUCACUCUCCCACCUGGCCUGGGCAAAACGAUUUCAAAACAAAAUCAAGAGCCAGAGCCCUGCCCUGAGCCUGUCCCGUGCCCUCAGCAGCACCAACCUGAAGCCCAAGUCGCAGAAGUUAUUGCAGCCGUAGUGGUGCAGUAUCCAGAAGAAACAGAGCCAUUGCCAGCACCAUCAGUGGAACCAGGCAAGGGAGAAGCACCAGCAGUUGUGAUACCCGAGUGCCCACCCCAGGAGCAGCAGCAGCAGCAAAGCAAGCUACCACCAACUCUCCCUCCAGUAUCACAGCCUGAGCCUGUUGCAUGCUCCCAAGAGAAGUCAGCAUGCAAAGAGCUUCCAGAGCCAGUCCUUGCGGUCUGCCCCGAAGCUGUCCCCCAGCAGAAGCAGGAGUGCAAGGAGAUCCCCGUUCAAGUCCCUGUUAUCUCUCCUGAACCUGCAAAGUGUCCUCAGGAGAAGCAGGAGCACAAGGAGAUCCCUGUGCCAGUCCCUGUCCAAAACCCUGAGCCUGUACCCUGUCCCCAGGAGAAGCAGGAAUGCAAGGAGGUCCCUGUGCCAGAACCUGUUCAAGAGCCUGAGCCUGCACCAUGUCCCCAAGAGAAGCAGGAGUGCAAAGAGAUCCCAGUGGUGGUCCCUGUCCAAAACCCUGAGCCUGCACCCUGCCCCCAGGAGAAGCAGGAAUGCAAGGAGGUCCCCGUGCCCACCCCAUGUCCUGCAGAGAAGCAGGAGUGCAAAGAGAUCCCAGUGGUGGUCCCCGUCCAAAACCCUGACCCUGUACCAUGUCCCCAGGAGAAGCAGGAGUGCAAGGAGGUCCCUGUGCCUGACCCAGAGCCAGAGCAGAGCUCCAUUCCUGAGAAGCAUCCUCCCCUCGAGCAGCAGCAGGUGAAGCAGCCCAGCCCAUGGCCACUGACACAGAAAUAACUUGCAGCUGGCAAGGGAAGCCCCGAAGAGAAAAGCAGGAUGCAAGACCUCUCCCCAUAUCUCACACAGGUCAUUUUCCAACGUCCUUUUACCCACUGCAGAAUUUCUGUUAAGCACAGCUCCCAGCUCCCCCCACUAACGCUCACGUUGUCCCCACUAACAGCCAUAUGCUACCUGACACGUCAGGGCUGCCAUAGAUAGGAAGGCUCCCAGUGGUGGUGCAGGCAUGAGCGCUUGGCUUUCCAGCAACCUGAAUCUCUGCCAAUCUCCGAUCUCCAAGUCAUUCAAUCAUCCAGAGAGAAACCAAAGAGCAUGAUGGUGGGCUGCAGCCAGGGCUCAUCACGCCAAUUAUUCCACCUUCACCUGAUGAGUCAGUGCAUCCUGCAGACCUGCACGCUGCCUUCUGGUUCCCACGCAUCCCUCCCCAGCUCCCUGCACGCCAGCACAAUCUCCCACCUCACAUUUAGGGCUUUGCCUAUCACUAUUAGGAUCUGAGGUUAGCACUAAAGCUGCAGCUAAGGGGUUCUGGUUGGUGGCACCAAGGCUUUCUGGACCAUGAAUCCACAGUGCUGAAUAUCUUAUGCAAUGCAAAACCCACUGGGCUAGAGGAAAGGGAUAGAUUUUUACAAAAGAGCCAUCACCUCUUAAUUAUCUGCUUUGCUAAACUAAUUGUCAUCAGCGCUUUCCUAAGAGAGCUCACCUCAGAUUUUCUAGGAUGUGUCAGGAGCAGCUCGAGCUGAGAGUAUUAAUGGAAAAGGUGUAGGUAAUUAAAUGCAACCCAGACGUGUUUGGAAAUAGAUUAACCCCCGGCUCAGCUUCUAACUGUCAGACAGGAUGAAGGAGGCGGUGUGCACAGUCUGAGUUACACCCUGCAAUAUGUUUCACCACACACUGCUCUUGCAUAUGUGUUUGGUGCUUCGCCCUAAUUGUUUUAGGCUGAUGUUGUAUCCAGGAUUUAUUUCACUGUGAAAACGGACAAUAAAAAUGACUUUGAAUACUGAGCUGUGAGACUUUUAAUGGCUUCUUCUCACAAAGAGAGCCAGGGCUCUCAGCUUGCAGGCCGCUCAGGUUGAAUGCCAGGUGAAUGGGGACUCAGACGUGGGUGCUUGAGGGGAAUGCUGUGUCUUCUGCUCCUCUGCAGGCAUUUGCAAGAGAACCUGCGGUGCACCAGCCCAUUGGAUGGCUGGUUGUACUGUAACACUAAUUAACUGUGCAUUGAAACACUAAUGAAUUUCACUGACACACCUCCACAGGACGCCCCACCCCAAAGUAGGACGCAGCUCACGUCCUGCUCCAUCUGCCCUACUCAAACACCAUCUACAGGGCAAGCUGCAAGCAGCAGCUCACAGAUUUCCCACUCUUGGUGAGCCACAAGCAAUGCAAUCUCACCCUGCCCUGCUGGAUGGGUGUGGGAUGCAUGCAGCUCCGCCACCAGAUUGCAGAGCUGCACCAGACGCAGCCUCUGGCUUGCAGAGCCUGUUGAUGUCUGACUGCAAGGCAUCAAUAUCACAUCAUUCACCACCUCUGCCUCUGUGAUAAUGUUCCUCCUCUGCCUUUUUUUUACAGCUGGCUGGAAAUCAAUUAGCUGAGCCAAUAUUUCCUGCCGAGAAACAGAAACAUUCAAAAUCCUGUUUCUGGUUCUUUUAAAACUGGAAAUAAUCAUUCAAAGCAAUGAAAAGCUUCCUUUCAGUGUUAAAACAUGCAAAGAUUGCAGCUACACUAUAUCCGGGACUCCCAGUUGUGAUUAAUUGCUUUGAUAAAUCCCACAGGAAUAUACUUCAGAACGUUAUACCUUGCAGAAAACCGAGUUUUGCCUGGUUUGCUCCAGCUCAGGAUGAAAACAACUUGCAAAGUUUCAUAAUCCAGACCUGAGAAUGCCAUUUCCUCCAUGGGAAACCUGGAUGUGCAUGGGCCCCUGUGGGUGUGCCCUAUAUGCAUAUGUAUACUGAAAGGUGACUCUGACUAUGAAAAGAAAGCAAAAGAUAACGAUUGACACCAGUAAAGCUACAAAAAUACAUAUCAGGAAGCAAUUGAGGAGGUUAAUUACACUUUUAUUGCACCGUGUCCCAAAUUAAAGAUUAGAAGGAAACAGCUCCACGACUCUUUUAUAGUAAAUGAAUAAAUCCAAGAUAAUGAAUUGCAUCUCUUUGUGAUUUCCCCAAGCAAAGAAGGCGUCUUGGAAAUUUCUAACUAUUCAGGCAGAGCUGGAAAGCAGAAAGAGAG